UCGUGAGAUCUAGUGAGAGGCGGUCACGUCUCGCAAAUACUGCUUGGAUCUAUUUUUAGGGAUCAUGCGCUUGGAUGUCACCGUCUGUAUUCGUAUGAUCUGGGAACAUUCACUAUUUGGCAGCGUUGUUUAAAACUCGUUUUAAGUUCUGUCAUAUUUUCUGAGGUUUAUUUCAUUUGGAGUGCGUGAUUGUACGACCGGAGGUUCUCGCGCUCCCGUUCAAGGCAAACUUCUGCACGAGUGAGCUACAGCGCAGCUUCAUUAACUGUCGAGGACAAAAUGCCUCAGACACCACCGUUUCCAGCGGUGUAUGGAUCCAACAGCUACAACAACAAUCUCUACAAGACGAAGGAAGAAGAAUAUGGAGGUCUGUAUUACCAUGACAACAAUCUGGUGUCGGGAUCCUUGGAAGCUCUCAUUGAGCACUUGGUACCUACUGUGUCAUACUAUCCUGAUAGGACAUACAUCUUUACAUUCCUGCUCAGUUCUCGUCUCUUCAUUCAUCCAUACGAGCUGAUGUCCAAAGUGUGUCAUUUGUUUGUCGAGCAGCAGAGACUCAGCGAUCCUCAAGCUGAUAAGGCGAGAGUCCGGAAAAUUGCUCCCAAGAUCCUGCAGCUGCUCAGCGAGUGGACCGAGACGUUUCCCUAUGACUUUAGAGAUGAGCGCAUGAUGAAGAGUCUAAAGGAACUAACACAUCGACUGAGCACUGGAGAUGAAAUCUAUCGUAAGGCGGUUCAACAAAUGAUACAAACGUUGAUCCGUAGUCUCACAACGCUCAGCCAAUAUGAGGAAGCCCUGGCCAAGAUCAACUCCUCUGUGACUGACAGACUAACCGUGCUGAAGACCAAACCUCAGUCCAUCCAGAGAGACAUUCUGACCAUCUGCAGUGACCCUUUUACCCUGGCACAACAACUCACACACAUCGAAAUGGAAAGGCUCAGCUACAUCGGACCGGAGGAAUUUGUUCAGGCGUUUGCCCAGAAAGACCCUCUAGAUAAUGACAAGAGAUGUUUCAGUGAUCACAAGAAAGCGAGUAAUCUGGAGGCUUACGUAGAGUGGUUUAACAGGCUCAGCUACCUUGUGGCGACAGAGAUCUGCAUGCCUGUAAAGAAGAAACAUCGUGCACGAGUCAUCGAGUUCUUCAUUGACGUGGCUCGAGAGUGCUUCAACAUCGGCAACUUCAACUCCCUCAUGGCCAUCAUUACCGGGAUGAACAUGAGUCCAGUGUCACGGCUAAAGAAGACCUGGGGCAAAGUCAAAACCGCCAAAUUUGAUAUCUUGGAGCAUCAAAUGGAUCCUUCCAGCAAUUUCUACAACUACAGAACAGCACUGCGUGGAGCCACUCAGAGAUCCAUUACUGCUCAUAGUAACAGAGAGAAGAUUGUUAUUCCCUUCUUCAGUCUCUUGAUUAAAGACCUUUACUUCCUCAACGAAGGAUGUUCCAACAGGCUUCCGACCGGACAUGUCAAUUUUGAGAAAUUUUGGGAGAUGGCUAAACAAGUGACGGAGUUUAUUACAUGCAAGAAAGUGGAGUGUCCUUUCGAGAGAGACCGCAAGAUUCUGCAGUAUCUCCUGACCGCACCGGUCUUCAGUGAAGAUGCUUUGUAUCUGGCAUCAUAUGAAAGCGAAGGGCCAGAGAACAACAUGGAGAAGGACAGAUGGAAAUCUCUCAGGUCAGCUUUGUUGAACAGGACAUAAUUGUGUCGUGUGAAGAGCUCAAAAUGAAGUGAACCUUCUGACAAGCAAGCCGUUUCCCCUUUUGCCCCCUCCAAAAGUGAGAAGUAUCCCUGUUUUUUCAAAGGGAGAGGACCAUCCAUAUUUUGCAGAAAGGUGCAUUUUUAUGUUGGAACGAGCAGCAAGGCCCUUCUCUUUCAGUCUUUCUUACUGGAUAUUUCAGGCUUUUUCAUCUCUUUGUGCAGACUUUUUUAUACUAGUUUUUCCUUCUGAAUGAAGGGUUGCUUUGAGUGGAAGGAGAAAUGGACUUCAGAUGUCUGUUGGCCACAAACCGGUUAAACUUUGACGUUGCGAAGUGAUCUAGAUGUUGGUUUUCGUUCUUUAUUGACUCUACGAGUAUGCCGCUGGUUGGCAAACUCAAUUGGAACAGGUUAAAAAAGAUAUAAACCAGCAUUGUAUACUUGGUUCCACUACUGUAUAUUUUUAUUGUACCUAAAGUAAUUUAAGCGUAGAUUUAUGUUGUCACUAUUUUUUGAUAUUGUGUUUGUCCGUUUUUUAUGCAUUUGACAUAAGUAUUACAUUGCUCUAACCCCUGUGAGUGACGAUCUGUGUGCUUGAAUAGCCCAUCAUGGGUUACCGAAAUGCACUGGAUGCUUUUGUGAAUAAAGACGUCGAUUUAUUUUCCUGUGUAACUUGCUUUGUGAUAACUGCAGCGUUAAACUCCCUUUAUCUUUAUUAUUUUCUUAUUGUCACGGAUUUACUGUAGACAUGUUGAAUGAAAUCUCCACAUCGUUUGUGUUCUCAGUGAUAUAGUUACUAUGCUGUGGAAGAAAUGCUAAUGGAAGGGAAAGCUCACUGAGUGUCAGUAAAAUCUUAAAUUACUGUUGUUUCAGUAUCCUAGCCUUAGUAUAGAGUAGUGUUAUGUCGUCCUCUUGUGGUUAUUUUGGAAACUACACCACACGUGUUCUUAACAGGAAGUUAUGCUGUUACAUGAAGGUUUGUCAUACCUGUGAUAGUCAGGUAUGGAUUCACUUGUAGAAUGUAUUGAGUUCGUUUUUAAUACGUUAAUAUUAUUAUUAUUAAUAUUUUCUUAUUCUACUGUAAUACUUUGUCUUUAUUUGUUUAUCAUUUAAAAUAUUGCAAAGAUACUCACAAGCUGCAUUCUAUGUUAUUUUGUACUAGGUACAUGUUUUAUAGUAAUGAGAUAUUGCCCAAUCUAAUUUUAUAAUGUUUCUAAAAGUUUGUAUGAGGAUAAACUAUUUGGAGGUACUAGCACACAAUAUCAUGUUUGUGUAUAUUGGCUGAUGUCUACCAUUUUCCCUAUGGAAACUUUCCAUUAUCACACAUGCUUUUCUUUGAUGUAAAUAUGUCUUUUUUUAACGGUGUAUAUUUGUAUUUAUUUCGACUGUUGAGCUGGGUUUCAGACCCUCCUGAAGUGUUGUGGUAUGGAGUGAGAAAAAGCUGAACAGAUUUAAAUAAACCUAUGCCAAUGAAAUUAA